CACACACACAAACACACACACACACAAACACACACACAGUAUGCUGGCAGGCGAACAAAGCCGCUGGCACUGCCAAUGAAGACAAGCCAUGCCUCCCUGCUUCGCCUCUCCUCCUCCCUUCUCACGCUGCCGUGAGGGGAAGGCAUGACACCAUUGUCGUCGCCCGUCCUCAUCAGAAACACACAGUUUUUUUUCGGAGAGAGGAAUAAGAGCGGUCGGUCGUUCUUCGGCUGAUGGUGGAUUAUUUCUGUCGGUUGUGCCGCUGAUGAGUUGAGAUGCUGGCGGAGCGCAGAGAGAACAGCAGGGCUGCCUUUGCCCUGACAAAGCCGCUCAAGAUGAACAUGGUGAAAAGGAUCAUGGGACGGCCGAGGCAGGAGGAGUGCAGCCCCCAGGACAACGCUCUGGGCCUGAUGCACCUGCGACGCCUCUUCUCUGAGCUGUGCCACCCUCCUCGACACAUGACCCAGAAGGAGCAGGAGGAGAAGCUCUACAUGAUGCUUCCUGUCUUUAACAGGGUGUUCGGAAAUGCUCCACCCAGCAGCAUGACGGAGAAGUUCUCCGACCUGCUGCAGUUCACCACCCAGGUGUCCCGACUCAUGGUGACGGAGAUCAGACGAAGAGCUUCAAAUAAAUCCACAGAGGCGGCCAGUCGAGCCAUAGUCCAGUUCCUGGAGGUGAACCAGAGUGAGGAGGCGAGUCGCGGCUGGAUGCUUCUGACCACCAUCAACCUGCUGGCCUCCUCCGGACAGAAAACGGUGGACUGCAUGACGACCAUGUCUGUUCCCUCUACGCUGGUCAAAUGCCUCUAUUUGUUCUUUGACCUGCCCCACAUGGCCGAGGCCCCCGUUGUCCCCCCACCACAGCCGCCGCAGCCUCCAGCCAACCAGGAGAAGACCCCCGGACAGGGACACCCCCAGCCAGAGCUGCCCCUCGCUGACCGCCGGGCGCUGCUCCAGAAAGUCUUCGUCCAGAUCCUGGUGAAGCUCUGCACCUUCGUGUCUCCGGCGGAGGAGCUGGCCCAGAAGGACGACCUCCAGCUGCUGUUCAGCGCCAUCACCUCCUGGUGCCCCCCCCACAACCUGCCCUGGAGGAGGAGCGCCGGCGAGGUGCUGACCACCAUCUCCAGACACGGCCUCAGCGUCAACGUGGUCAAAUACAUACACGAGAAGGAAUGCCUGGCCACAUGUGUUCAGAACAUGCAGCAGUCGGAUGAUCUCUCCCCGCUGGAGAUCGUCGAGAUGUUCGCCGGACUCUCCUGCUUCCUCAAAGACUCCAGCGACGUUUCCCAGACGCUGCUGGACGAUUUCCGAAUGUGCCAGGGUUACGCUUUCCUCUGCGACCUCAUGCUCAGACUGGAACAGGCCAAGGAGGACGAAUCAAAAGAUGCGCUGAAGGACCUGGUCAACCUGGUCACCUGUCUGUCCACGUACGGGGUGACGGAGCUGAAACCGGCCGGCCUGACCACCGGAGCUCCCUUCCUGCUGCCUGGAUUUGUUCUCCCGCAGCCCUCUGGGAAAGGCCACACAGUUCGGAACAUCCAGGCCUUCUCCGUCCUCCAGAACGCCUUCCUGCGAGCCAAAACCAGCCGUCUGGCCUGCAUGCUGCUGGACGCCGUCGGGAACAUCUACGCCGCCGAGCCGGCCAACUACUUCAUCCUGGAGUCGCAGCACACCCUGUCGCAGUUCGCCGAGCGGGUGGCCAAGCUCCCCGAGGCCCAGGCCAAGUACUUCGAGCUGCUGGAGUUCGUGGUUUUCAGCCUCAACUACGUGCCGUGCAAGGAGCUGUUCAGCGUCAGCGUGCUGCUCAAGUCCAGCACGUCGCACGCCUGCAGCAUCACGUCCGUCCGCACGCUGCUGAAGCUCGCCAGGCACGACCCGGUGUUCAGCGACGUGCUGCGGGAGGUCGGCCUGCUGGAGGUUCUGGUCAACCUGCUGCACAAGUACGCCGCCCUGCUCAAAGACCCGGCGUCGCAGCAGCAGCCGCACAAUAACGACCAAGCCGACUGCAAAAACAACACGGUAGCCGAGGAGCAGAAGCAGCUGGCCUGGCUGGUGAUGGAGACUCUGACGGUGCUGCUGCAGGGCUCCAACACCACCAGCACCAACGCAGCUCUGUUCAGAGAGUUUGGCGGCGCUCGCUGCGUCCACAACAUCGUGAAGUACCGUCAGUGUCGGGAACACGCCUUGCUCAUCAUCCAGCAGCUCGUCCUGUCGCCCAGCGGUGACGACGACAUGGGAACCCUACUGGGCCUCAUGCACUCCGCUCCGUCCAGCGAACUGCAGCUGAAGACAGACAUCCUGAGGGCUUUGCUGGCGGUGCUACGAGAGAGUCACCGCACCCGGACGGUGUUCCGUAAAGUGGGCGGCUUCGUCUACGUCACGUCGCUGCUGGUCGCCAUGGAGCGCUCGCUGUGCCAGCCGCCUCGACACGGCUGGGAGCGGGUCAACCAGAACCAGGUGUUCGAGCUGCUGCACACCGUUUUCUGCACGCUGACCGCCGCCAUGCGCUACGAACCGGCCAACUCACACUUCUUCAGAACGGAGAUCCAGUACGAGAAGCUGGCGGACGCCGUGAGGCUGCUGGGUUGUUUCUCCGACACCAAGAAACUGGGUCCCACCAGCGUGUUCCCCUCCAAUGCUCAGCCCUUCCAGAGGCUGCUGGAGGACGAGGCUGCCCCCGGAGGCUGCGCAGGAGACAGCGUCUGUCCAACGCUCAAACACUGCAGCAAGCUCUUCAUCUACCUGUACAAGAUGGCCACCGACUCCUUCGACAGUCGUGCGGAGCAGGUGCCUCCCUGCCUGACUCAUGAGACCUCGCUGCCCUCGCCGUGGGGCACGCCGGCGCUCGCCAGGAAGAGACAUGGUUACUACGGUACAUCAGGACCUCCAGCCCCAGUCAAAGCCCUGACCGACCUGAAGCUCCACCUAUCCAACCCCUCCCACCCGGCUUCCUCCUCGUCUUCGUCCGACAUGGUGGUGAUCCACCCGGGGGCCGUCCUGGCCAUCCUGGACCUGCUGCCCUCCGUCUGCUCCGACAGCCAGCCAGAGCACGCCCUCGACCUGCAGCUGGCGGUGGCCAACAUCCUGCAGCUCCUGGUGAACAGUGAGAGGAACCAGCAGGUUUUGUGUGAAGCCUGCCUCCACCAGCGGCUGCUGCAGCGCUGCAGUCAGGCCCUCGGAGAUGAAGACCACCCGCUGCACCCGCCGCUGCAGAGGAUGUUUGAGAGGCUGGCCUCGCAGGCCCUGCAGCCGAUGGCACUCAGGGAGUUCUUACGUCUGGGAAACCCUCUGAACUGCGGCGCCUGGGACAAGAAGCUUCUGAAGCAGUACCGGGUCCACAAACCGAGCUCGCUGAGCUACGACGCCGACAUGAGAAACAGCAUGACGAUGUCCAUGGAGGGCUUCGGCCCCGACAGUGUCUUCGCCACGCCGGCGGAGGACAACGGCCAGUACCGCAUCAGUCGCAGCCUGGUUCGCUCCGCCGAGGGCAGCACCGUCCCCCUGACCCGAGUCAAGUGCCUGGUGUCCAUGACGACGCCACACGACAUCCGCCUGCACGGAUCGGCCGUCAUGCCGGCGUUCGUGGAGUUUGACACGUCGCUGGAGGGCUUCGGGUGCCUGUUUCUGCCCAGCCUGGCGCCCCACAACGCCCCCACCAACAACACCAACGCCUCAGGUGUCAGCGACGGAGCAGUGCUCAGCGGGAUGGGGACAGGUGAGCGCUUGUUUCCUCCUCCGUCUGGCCUCAGCUACACCACCUGGUUCUGCGUGGAGCGUUUCAGCGCCGCUCCUCAGGCUCAUCCGGUCCGGCUGCUGACCGUCGUCCGCCGGGCGACGUCCUCGGAGCAGCACUACGUCUGUCUGUCCGUGGUUCUGUCGGCUAAAGACCGAUCGCUCACCGUCUCCACCAAGGAGGAGCUGCUGCAGACGUACUCAGCGGACGAGUCCAGCGAAGAAGCCUCCUUCUACGAGAUCCUGCCCUGCUGCGCUCGAUUCCGCUGUGGUGAGCUGAUCGCUGAGGGCCAGUGGCACCACCUGGUGCUGGUCAUGAGCAAAGGCAUGCUGAAGAACAGCAUGGCCACGCUGUACAUCGACGGGCAGCUCAUCAGCACCGUCAAGCUUCACUACAUCCACAGCGCUCCGGGCGGCUCCGGCUCCACCAACCCUCCCGUGGUGAGCACCGUUUACGGGUACGUCGGCACGCCUCCUGCCCAGCGGCAGCUCUCCAGCCUGGUGUGGCGUCUGGGGCCCAGUCACUUCCUGGAGGAGGUCCUGCCCGCCACCAGUGUCGCUGCCAUCUACGAACUGGGACCCAACAACGUGGGCGGCUUCCAGGCCGUCUACCUGCCCUGUAAAGAUUCGAAAACAGAGGUAUCUCCUGCCACUCCGGUUGCGUUGGUACCAGAGGAGAAGGUUUCUUUCAGCCUCUAUGCACUCUCAGUUUCUACUCUCACUGUGGCCAAAAUCAGGAAAGUCUACAACAAACUUGACAGCAAAGCCAUCGCCAAACAGCUCGCCGUGUCGUCUCAUGAAAAUGCCACUCCGGUGAAGCUGAUUCAUAACGCUGCCGGCCACCUCAACGGUCCGGCUCGCACCAUUGGAGCGGCUGUCAUUGGAUAUUUAGGUGUCCGUGCCUUUGUGCCCAAACCUGUGGCCACCAACCUGCAGUAUGUGGGCGGAGCGGCGGCCAUCUUGGGUCUGGUUGCCAUGGCGUCAGACGUGGAGGGGCUGUACGCCGCUGUCAAAGCUUUGGUGUGUGUCGUCAAGAGCAACCCGCUGGCCAGUAAGGAGAUGGAACGAAUCAAAGGCUACCAGCUCCUGGCUAUGCUGCUGAAGAAGAAGCGCUCGCUGCUCAACAGUCACAUCCUCCACCUCACCUUCUCUCUGGUCGGAACAGUCGACAGCGGCCACGAAACCUCCAUCAUCCCCAACUCCACCGCCUUCCAGGACCUGCUCUGCGACUUUGAGGUCUGGCUCCACGCCCCCUACGAGCUCCAUCUGUCUCUGUUCGAGCACUUCAUUGAGCUGCUGACAGAAUCCAGCGAGGCGGCUAAAAAUGCCAAACUACUGAGGGAGUUCCAGCUGAUCCCCAGACUGCUGCUGACCCUGAGAGACACUUCGCUGUCUCAGCCCACUGUAGCCGCCAUUAGCAACGUGCUAAGUCUGCUGCUACAAGGCUUCCCGAACCCGUAUGACCUGCUCAGGUUUGGCCAGUUCAUCUCUUCCACUCUCCCUACAUUCGCUGUGUGUGAGAAGUUUGUUGUCAUGGAGAUCAAUAACGAGGAGAAGAUUGAUGGAGGUAACGACGAUGAUUUCGGCGGCCUCCUAUCAGCAAACCUCAUUCUGCUGAGAAAUCGACUGCUGGACAACCUGCUCAGGCUGCUCUUCACCACCAAAGAGAAGUGCACCGUUAACGCCCAGGCCUGCGAGGAGCUGGUGAGGACGCUGGGCUUCGACUGGCUCCUGAUGUUCAUGGAGGAACAUCUGCACUCCAGCACGGUGACGGCGGCUCUGUGGAUCCUGGUGGUUCUGCUCUCCAACCAGUCCAUCCUGAACCGCUUCAAGGAGGGCCUGUGUGGGGGCGGCUGGCUGGACCACACCGACUCGGUCCUGACCAAUAAGAUCGGCACGGUGCUGGGCUUCAACGUGGGUCGCAGCGCCGGCGGUCGCUCCACGCUGCGGGAGAUCAACCGGGACGCCUGCCAUUUCCCAGGAUUCCCCGUCCUGCAGACGCUGCUGCCCAAACACACCAACGUGCCCGAGCUCUACUUCCUGCUCAUGGCCCUCUUCCUGCAGCAGCCUGUCAUCGAGCUGCCAGACAGCCUGCAGGUACAUUUUGACCUGGACUCCAUCUGGACGUUCAUCUUCGGCAUGCCGGCCUCCAGUGGGACGGUGGUGGGAUCCAUCCACAGUGUCUGCACCGAGGCGGCCUUCCUGCUGCUGGCCAUGCUGCGCAGCAUGCUCAACCUGCCGUGGCAGUCGGAGGAGGAAGGUUCCUGGCUCAGGGAGUACCCGGUCACCCUCAUGCAGUUCUUCAGGUACCUUUACCACAACGUACCCGACUUAGCGCCCAUGUGGCACAGUCCUGAGUUCCUGUGUGCCCUGGCAGCCACCGUGUUCCCCUUCAACAUCCGGCCCUACUCUGAAAUGGUGACUGAUUUGGACGACGAGGCCGGAUCUCCCACCGAGGAGUUCAAGGCCUUCGCCGGAGACUCUGGCAUGAACCGCAGCCAGUCUGAAUACUGCAACGUGGGCUCAAAGACGUCACUGACCAACCACCCGGCCAAGAAGUACGUCUUUGACUUCAUGAGGGUCCUGAUCAUGGACAACCUCUGCAUGACUCCGGCCAGCAAACAGACGCCGAUCAUCGACCUGCUGCUGGAGGCUUCUCCAGAGCGCUCCACCAGAACUCAGCAGAAGGAGUUUCAGUCCAACAUCCUGGACGGCGUCAUGGAGCAUCUUCUGGCCGCUGACGUCCUCCUAGGUGAAGAUGCGUCUCUGCCACUCAGCAGUGGAGGCAGUUAUCAGAUUCUGGUCAACAACGUCUUCUACUUCACCCAGCGGGUCGUGGACAAGCUGUGGCAGGGAAUGUUCAACAAGGACUCCAAGCUGGUGGUGGACUUCAUCGUGCAGCUCAUCGGACAGUCUAAGCGACGCUCUCAGGGUCUCUCCCUCGACACCAUCUACCACUGUCUGAACCGGACGGUGCUCUACCAGCUCUGCCGACCCCACAAGACGGUGGCUCAGCAGGUGGCCCUGCUGGACGCCCUGCGGGUCCUGACCGUCAACCGCAACCUGGUGCUCGGCCCCGGCAACCACGACCAGGACUUUGUGGCCUGCCUGGCUCACUGCUUCAUCUGCCUGCACAGCGGGAGCAGCGUGGAGGGCUUCGGCCUGGAGGCGGAGGCCAGGAUGACGACCUGGCACGUCAUGAUGCCCGCGGAGAACGAGGCCGACGCCACGCACAGCCACGAUGUCAGCGAGGGACGUCAGCUGCUGCUGAAGGCGGUGAACCGAGUGUGGACCGAACUGAUGCACAGCAAGCGUCAGAUGCUGGAGGACAUCUUCAAAGUGUCGCUGCCCUGCAACGACAGAGGUCACGUGGACAUCGCCACGGCCCGCCCCGCUCUGGAGGAACCGGCGCUGAAGAGCUGGCAGAACCACCUGGUCCAUGAGAAGAAGUGCAUCAGUCGUGGUGAAGCCGUCGUUCCGGCGACUCAGUCGAAACUGUCCAGAGUCAGCAGCGGCUUUGGCCUCUCCAAGCUGACCGGCGUCCGACGAAACAAGAAGGAAAACAGCCUGAACAAGAACAGUUUGUCUGCACAGGAGACUUUCCAGUGGAUGUUUACGCACAUUGCCGUUGUCCGAGACUUGGUGGCCAUGCAGUACAAAGAAUAUCAAGAGCGGCAGCAGAACGCCCUCAAGUACGUGACGGAGGAGUGGGCGUCCAUCGAGUACGAGCUGCUGCGAGAACGAGGCCUUUGGGGGCCGCCCAUCGGCUCGCAUCUGGACAAGUUUGUGCUGGAGAUGACAGAGGGGCCCUGCAGGAUGAGGAAGAAGAUGGUCCGCAACGAUAUGUUCUACAUCCACUACCCAUACAUCCCUGAGACGGAGACCAACACCAACUCAGCUCAGCCCUCCUCUCCUCCUCUGGUGCCUCUCAGACCCUCAGCUCUGGUUGAGGUCGUUGAACAUGCCGAGAAGCCUCUUCGUUACCGGCGAGCCAUCAGCUACGACAGUAAAGAGUACUACAUGCGUUUGCUGUCCGGAAACCCCGGCAUGUACCAGCACUCUGUGGAGCACAACACCGAGGGAGAAACCACGCAGCACGAACCAGAACACGGAGAGGACACCAUCGCUAGAGUCAAAGGCCUGGUGAAAGCUCCCCUGAAGAGAUCUCGGUCCACGGCGGACGGUGCCGACGAGGACAGUCAGGAUCAGCUCCAGGAGCAGCUGCUGGAGUCCGGAGGCCCCGAAGACGAGCAGAGGACGGACAACACAUCACUGCUGAGGCUGCUGGAGGAAGGAGAGAAGAUCCAGCACAUGUACCGCUGCGCCCGAGUUCAGGGUCUGGACACCAGCGAGGGUCUGCUGCUGUUCGGUAAAGAGCAUUUCUACGUCAUCGACGGCUACACCAUGACCGUGUCCCGGGAGAUCAGGGACAUCGACACGCUGCCGCCCAACUUGCAUGAAGCCAUCAUCCCCAGAGGAGCGAGACAAGGCCAGAGUCAGCUGAAGAGAACCUGCAGCAUCUUCGCCUAUGAAGACAUUAAAGAGGUUCACAAGAGACGCUACCUGCUGCAGCCCAUGGCAGUGGAAGUGUUCUCAGCAGACGGCAGGAACUACCUGUUAGCCUUCCAGAAAGGGGUUCGGAAUAAAGUUUACCAAAGGUUCCUGGCUGUGGUUCCGUCGCUGGCCGACAGCUCAGAGUCGGUUUCAGGUCAGAGGCCCAACACCAGCGUAGAGCAGGGAUCUGGACUUCUCAGCACUCUAGUUGGUGAGAAGUCAGUGACUCAGAGAUGGGAGCGAGGUGAGAUCAGUAACUUCCAGUACCUGAUGCAUCUGAACACGCUGGCUGGACGCUCCUACAACGACCUGAUGCAGUAUCCGGUUUUCCCCUGGAUCCUGGCCGACUUCGACUCAGAGGAGUUGGACCUGAACAACCCCAAGACGUUCCGUAACCUCGCCAAGCCGAUGGGCGCCCAGACUGACGACCGACUGACACAGUACAAGAAGAGGUACAAGGACUGGGAAGACCCCAACGGUGAAACCCCAGCGUACCACUACGGCACCCACUACUCCUCAGCUAUGAUUGUAGCCUCUUAUCUGGUCCGCAUGGAACCUUUCACACAGAUUUUCCUCCGACUUCAGGGAGGCCACUUCGACCUGGCUGACCGGAUGUUCCACAGUGUCCGUGAAGCCUGGCUCUCUGCCUCCAAACACAACAUGGCCGACGUCAAGGAGCUCAUCCCGGAGUUCUUCUACCUGCCCGAGUUCAUGCUCAACUCCAACAACUUCGACCUGGGUGCCAAGCAGAACGGCACCAAACUGGGUGACGUGAUCCUCCCGCCGUGGGCCAAAGGAGACCCUCGAGAGUUCAUCAGGGUCCACAGAGAGGCGUUGGAGUGCGACUACGUGUCCGCUCAUCUCCACGAGUGGAUCGACCUGAUCUUUGGCUACAAGCAGCAGGGUCCGCCGGCCGUGGAGGCGGUCAACGUCUUCCACCACCUCUUCUACGAGGGUCAGGUGGACAUUUACAACAUCAACGACCCGCUCAAAGAGACGGCCACCAUCGGAUUCAUCAACAACUUCGGACAAAUCCCCAAACAGCUGUUUAAGAAGCCUCAUCCUCCUAAACGGGUUCGCAGUAAAGCUAACGGAGACAUCGCUGGCGUUCCUCCGAGCUCCAGCAGCGACAAGAUCUUCUUCCAUCACCUGGACAAUCUCAGACCUUCUCUUGCUCCUGUUAAAGAGCUGAAGGAGCCCGUGGGGCAGAUAGUUUGCACCGAUAAGGGCAUCCUCGCUGUGGAGCAAAACAAAGUCCUGGUUCCUCCUACGUGGAGCAAGACCUUCGCCUGGGGGUACGCCGACCUCAGCUGCCGUCUGGCCAACUACGAGUCCGACAAGGCGCUGGUGGUGUACGAGUGUCUGUCAGAGUGGGGUCAGAUCCUCUGUGCCAUUUGUCCAAACCCCAAGCUGGUGAUCACCGGCGGCACCAGCACCUCCAUCUGUGUCUGGGAGACGGGAAGCUCCAAGGAGAAGGCCAAGUCCAUUACACUCAAACAGGCGCUACUGGGCCACACGGACGCCGUAACGUGUCUGACGGCGUCGUCGGCGUACCACAUCGUCGUCAGCGGCUCGCGGGAUCGAACCUGCAUCAUCUGGGACCUCAACAAGCUCUCGUUUGUCACACAGCUCCGGGGACACCGAGCGCCGGUUUCUGCGCUGUGUAUUAACGAGCUGACGGGCGACGUGGUUUCCUGCGCAGGAACCUACAUCCACGUGUGGAGCAUCAACGGCAGCCCCAUCUCCAGCGCCAACACCUUCACCGGACGCAGCCAGCAGAUCCUGUGCUGCUGCGUGUCGGAGAUGAACGAGUGGGACACGCAGAACGUCAUCGUCACCGGGCACUCGGACGGCGUCGUCAGGUUUUGGAGGAUGGAGUUCCUACAAGUCCCAGAAACCCCUGCUCCAGAGCCGGUAGAGCCAGACGUGCCUGACUGCUGUGAUGAGAAGAUUGAGGGCGGCGAGAGUCACAACGGUGAUGACGACAGCAGCGAAUCCGAUGGAGAUGAACCCUGUCAGGAGUCCAGAGCGCCACGAAACCCGUCGACGGGUGGAGGCAGCCAACCGGGCAGCACCGUCCACAGACCCAGAGGUCCGUCAGCUCGAACCGGAGCUUCCUGGUCGAUGGACAGCGGCUCUGAUGACUCCCACCGCUGGUCGGACACCCUCAGCAUUGACGAGAAGGACGGAUUCGUGUUCGUUAACUACUCCGAAGGCCAAAUUAAAGGCCCUCACCCCCACCCGGUUCACCCAGGACAGGCCUCGGUGCCUCAGCCGCUCCACCCGAGCACCAUGGAGGCCCGGACGUACAACCAGCUCAGGGCAGGCUACAGAUGGGAGCGCCAGCUGGUCUUCCGGAGCAAACUCACCAUGCACACGGCGUUUGAUCGCAAGGACAACGCUCACCCAGCUGAGAUCACCUCCCUCGCCAUCUCCAAGGACCACAGUAAGAUCCUGGUGGGCGACGGUCGUGGUCGGGUGUUCAGCUGGUCGGUCAGCGAUCAGCCCGGCCGGUCGGCGGCGGAUCACUGGGUGAAGGACGAGGUGGUGGACAGCUGCUCUGGCUGCACCGUUCGCUUCUCGCUGACCGAGCGACGCCACCACUGCAGGAACUGUGGGCAGCUCUUCUGCCAGAAGUGCAGUCGCUUCCAGUCGGAGAUCAAACGUUUGAAGAUCUCGUCGCCGGUUCGUGUUUGUCAGAACUGUUACUACAACCUCCAACACGAACGAAGCGCGGAGGACGGCAGCAGAAACUAGACCCAAGGAAAAAGAAAAAACCUCCCGAGGAGCUUUUCCAUUUCCUCCAUCUGCUUCGUUUGUUCCCUAAGCACCUCCAAACAUGACUCCAAAUACCAGAACUUUCUCCUUUAUUGUUGCUGAAACUCACUGAAGCAGGAACAAGAUGGGAAUAAAAAAAUCACUUGAACCACCUGGAGGAGAAAAAAAAUAAAAAAUCACCCACCGCAAGAUCCAGAAUUUCACCGCAAGACCUGCAGAGAAUAAACUUGUUAAUAGUGUAAAUAGCGACCAUGGCCUUUUUAACUCCGAGAGGAACCAACACAGAACAAAAAUUAAGGUCACUGAAGAUAAAAAAAAAACAAAACAAAACAACAACAACUUGCCUGUAACAUAGCGAUGUGAACUAACCACUCCUGGCUUUAAAAAAUCGAUUGUGUGUCGGAGGAGUAACAGGAAGGGAGGGAAAUGAAUGUCAGUACUAAACGUCUGUGGGUUUGUUAGUGGCUCUAGUUAUGCAAAUUUACUUCUUUUCUUUCUGAUUUUGUCGUUUACAGAAAUGUGAGUUGUUUUGUGUGUCGCCCACAGUGUGAAGCCAUGAGCACCACACAGAGAUUCACCAUCGUCCUCUUUUCUUUUUUGCCAAAUUCUUCUUUUUUUGAAAAUCUAUCACCUGUUCUGUCCUUUGUCUGAAUCCCUGUUUGGAGAUUUUUUGUUUAUUGUUGUUGCUGCUUUCUGAAAACUGGACAUUUCAGAUUUUAUUUUCCAACCAUAUCACUUCAUUUGUUCAGAGAGAGAAUAGAGUCUUCUGCGAAAGGAGUAAUCCGAUUAAGAAAAACACAUUUGUUGUUUCUGUACAGCAGCUUCUUGGAUGCACAAAGAAAAGGGAAUUUUUAAUUUAUCUCGCUCACGUUUGCUGGACUUUUCACAUGGCGGCAUUAUCACAAAAAGCACCUUUAAAAUGUCCACUUGAUGAAAUUCAAAGCUCUAAUUUUAAAAUAUCUCCACGUUUUGUCUCUAAAGUCAAACACGGAGCUGCAGUUAACCGUUUUUUCACACUUUGUUAUUUUUAGAUCACGUUCGUAGCAUUAAAUCCACUUUAUGAUUUUGUUUGUAACGCUACAUGCUAGCUGGUUAGCCGAUUAGCUGAGGAGAAAUUAUGUCUAUUGUGGCGACACUUUACUCUGAGAGCAUUAAAUCAACUUUAUGUUCGUUAAGAAAAGCGUAAAACACAUGAGGCUCGUUUAUUUUAUGUCUUAACCCUCUGAACUCCAAGUGGUUUCACGUUUUUGUCACAUUUUUCUUCACUGUUGGUUCAUUUUUCACUGCAAUUUAAAGUCUUGCACCUCUAUGAAAACAACAACCAGGACUAGAAGGAGAUUUCACAAAGAUUGUAAAAGAAAAAAAUGGAAUUACAAAUACUGAGGGAAAAAUGUGGCUUUUACUUUUAUUUUUAAUUUGUUCUAUGCUUGUCUUUUGUCUGUUCUACGGAAACACUGCCUGCAGUUCAGCCGAAAAGUUCUUGAAUUUUUCAUGCGAAGAGUUUUGGUCACAGCUGAGUCAGAUGUAUUUCCUCAGUUGUGCUGAAUUGUGCAGAAUUUUUAGUUUUUUUACAGAAUCUGGUUACUAAUUAUUGUUCAUUUUUGGCUAUUUUUUUACCGAGACAUCAUGAGUUUAAACGUCGAUUUGGUAAAUUUCCUGGACAGAUCGCAUUUGUUUGGACGUUUGAUUGUUUUUCCUCAUUUUUUCUCUGAUAAGUUGUAAUGUUUUUGUCAUUUUUGAAAAGAAAAUAUUCCUUCUAAACCUGCCGGCAGGUUUUUUUGGGAUUCAGAGGGUUAAAAGUGCAGAAUUUUCUCUCCUAAUUUGUCCAAUCAAGCUGAACUCCAUCAUCACAGAAUCCUGAAAUACUGUCAAAUUACAAAAAAUAAAUGUGUAAAAUAUACACAAAAAUAAACUACAUCCUGUCAUCACAUCUGUCAUACGAUAAUAUUUGUUUUAAAAUCAAAUCUAUACUUUUUUUUAAAUAAUUCUAAUAUAUAAAAUCCACAUUCAUGCAUUUGAGAUUUUUAGCUCAUGUCUACUGACAUGUUGUUGGGUAAAGAUGAAUUUAGCCCCAAGUUUGCUACAAACACAAAUCUAUGAAGUUUAAUUUGUGCAAAAAAUAAAUAAAAAUACAAAAUGCAGGUCACAUCAGGAACUGUUUUUGUUUAAAUAGUGGAAGAAAAGAUUUAGAGUCCUUUAUCAAGGUUUUUAAACGAAUUGAGCUGAAAAACUAGUCAAAUAUUAAGGAAUUUAUUGAGCCUUUAAAAAUGUUUUUUUCUCUGCAGCAACUAUUUUUGUUAAUUUAGGCUUCAUUUAUUGAAGCAUUGCAGACAAUUUUAGCUUAAAAUGAUCAAAAAUAACAGAAAAAUACAAAGAUUUCUGUUAAAGGUAACACAGAGUCCGUAUGAGUCAAGAAAAACUCAGAUUUUUCAUCCAGUUUGCAGCUUAAUUAAAAAUAAUUCAAGUAGCAUUAAUUUAAAUUACUACAAACUGUACUGUGUAUUGCUAACGUGGCCUCAUAAAACCCAAACUGCAGCUCAGAUCAGGACAAAACUAAAGGAAAUAAACAUGCAAAUGCAAAAUAAUGACGCUAUAAAUAUGAAACCCGACGCCUCAUAUGUUUUUCUGUUGAUUUAUGCGACUUUAAGUGAAUAAUUUGUCACCACAGAUGCAUUUUUUUAACUCUCCUUAUGUAAAGAAAGUGUUCUAUGUGAAGUUUUCAUUAAUUUACUUUAUUUACCGACUCUGUGGGUGAAAAAUGUGCGUUCAAGUGCUGCUUUUCUUUCCUCAUUUUCCCGGAGAAAACGUCCUUAUCUUGGCGUCCGCUUUCCAGAGAGAACUUUCCUCGUUCCACGUUGUAAAAUAAGAUAAUAUGCACUCACGUUGUCGUCUCCGUACUGUAACUCCAGCGUGCAAUCAGGCCAUCCAGCUGAAAAAAGAAAAGGCUUCUGUCAAUCAACACUUCCUUUGUUUUGUUUUUUGCACCUUCAUGUGUACAAAAUAAAGAAAAAUAAAGAAGUCGAGAGGAAUCACAGGUUUUUAUCGAAUGCAGUUUCAGCGGGAAGGCGGCGGAGAAACGAACUGUACAGAGUAUUUAUGCAAAUAUAACUGGUUUUAGAUUUUUUUUAAUGAUUAUUAUUGCGAUUUCAGCAAGUUUUGUUACUUGUUGCAUGUCUAUUAACACAGCUGACUUUCUGUGUCAGUGCAUUGUACAUGUUCUCGGCAUUAGAUUUUGUUUUUUUUGCUGGAUAUAUUUGUUUUUUUUGUUUCUUCGGAGGCAUCGUCUGACGAGGGUUUGUCGUGUACAGAGCUGCAGAUCACGUCCACAGCUCCGGCUGGACUUUUCUACUCUUUAUUGGAGAAAAAAAAAAAACAAAACAUGAAUUGAGAGACGGAGAAGAAGAAAAAACACGAGAAACUCCUGGAUUCUUUUGGUGGUCUUGUAUUAGACUGCAUUACUACAGUAUCUGGUGUGCAAUCUGUGAUAGCUGAAUGUUUCCUUGUAUAUUUGUGUUUCACUACAUCCUCCAAGAGAAAAACCAGUAGAGUAACUUUCCCCCCGUUACAGAAACAAAAUGUUACAAUAAUGCAAUAGAUCUGGUACUUAUUCUUUUUAAUUUCAUUUCAAUAAAUAAUUGCUGUUUACCACCAAAA